ACGCAAAUUUCAUUAUCUGGUAAAAGAGAGGGAAAAGAACUUAACUAAACUAUAAUGAUGAGCAAAGGUGUUGUAAGUUCCAUUCUGUUCUUCAUGUUGAUCGGUUCCGUUUUUGUUGAGACUCGCCCACUUGGUCUAACAAUGACGGAAGAGAAAAAGCUCGUGGCUGGUUUCUUCGAUGGCUUAUCACUUGGUUCGAUGAAAGGCUCAGGUCCAAGUCCAGGAGGCAAGGGUCAUAAUUUCAUAAACCGGAGCGACAUGUCUCGAUUUGAUAAGCACUCCGGUCCAAGCCCAAGCGGACCCGGUCACUAAUAAUCAAUUCAUUAGCUCAAACCGAGCCAAUUUUAAGUGCACAUCCCUGUAUCUAAGGUCCAAAAAUAUUAUUUUAUUUUUUUGUUACAAUUUUUUGUUGCAUAGUGGGACAAAUCAAGAAUUAAAUGUCUCGUUCCUUUUUCCUAUCAAUAGUGUCUUAGUUGUUUGAUUC